ACCCAUUUAAGUUACUAUAGAAACUAGAGAGUGUUGCAGCUGCAAUACACAGAGGAAGGCUUGUAACCUGGUGACUGUUUCAUCAGUGGCUUUUUGCCUUCUGUGUCUUCUCAAAUCAAGAUGUUUACUCCAAGUUGGCAUCUUUAAAAUAACUCCUAACAUUUAGAUAGGCAAAGCAGUGCGGAAAAUGUGGUAAAACAGCCCUCCAUCCCAGGGUUGUAAGUGAAGGAGAGGCGAGCCUUGGCCCUGCUGUCUCCAAGUCUCCAGAUCCUAAAACAGAAUGUUUCUACAGCCUGUGACUCAUCAAGGGUCCAUCAGAGUCCCAUUUCAGAUCACAGUGCAGCGUGGACAGAGAUGCCAGAGAAGGGAAGCCAUCACCUCCAUCUCAGCCAACAACAGACGGAAGGAAAGUGUGGCAGGAAAGGGGGGUGAUAAAUCAAAAACUCAGGCGCAAGUGUGCACAGCAGGGGAGGACAGAGCCAUUUUACUGGGGUUUGUCAUGAUGGGGUUCUCCAUCCUCAUGUAUUUUGUGCUUGGGGUCACAUUGAUAAAGCCCUACAUGCUCAGUGUCUGGAGCGAGAUGUCGAACUGCACUCUGAUGCGGUCUGAAAUCCUAGAUGACUGGGUUGACUGCUCCUUCAUGUGUGGAGUCGACUGCCGGGGUCAUGCUAAAUAUCCCUGUCUGCAAGUGUUUGUUAACCUCUCCUACACUGGGAAGAAGACAGUACUGCACUACAAUGACGAGGCUAUUCAAGUAAACCCAAAGUGCUUCUACAUACCAAAGUGCCUGAGAGACAGAACUGAAUUGUUAGCAGAAGCCGAAAAAAUUAAGAAUUCAUUGCUCCGUUCAAAUGGCACCCCAUUCAACUGCUUCUACAUCCCAGGGAAGAAACCUGAAGACGCCAUCAUGUACAAGAAAUACACACUCUCAGUCGUGGUCCAUUGCUUGUUCUGGCCAACCCUGAUGCUGGCUGGAGGAGCGCUGAUCGUGGCUCUGGUGAAGCUAACUCAACACCUGUCCCGGGUCUGUACGAGCUACUCUCUUGCACAUGAAGAUACCCAGGCACUCACACCAGUUUCAGAGGAAUCCCAGGAAAGGCGGCCUGGGAAACUUGACCAGCUACUAAGAUGGAGGCCAAAUCAACAACAAAUACAACACACCUCUCUUUCUGAAGGUUAAUAGUUCCAAUAGUAGAUUUGUAAGUUGAUUGGGGGGAAAAUAAAUAAGACUAAGUUGUAUAUUUACUCGAUAUGAAACACAUAUUCAGCAAUGUUGUAGAUUAAUUUUUAUUUAUUUAUUUAUUAAGAAAAUGUCUUCUGGGGGCUCCCGAGUGGCGCAUCCAGUAAAGGCACUCCACGCGGUGUGCUGGAUGUACCCUAUAGCCUGGAGAUCGCGAGUUCGAAUCCAGGCUAUGUCACAGCCGACCGUGACCGGGAGUUCCUAGGGGGCGGCCCACAAUUGGCUAAGCACUGCCCGGGUAGGGAGGGCUUAGGUCGGCAGGGGAAUCCAUGGCUCACCACGCAUCAGCGACCCCUGUGGCCGAUAGGGCGCCUGUGGUUCUGCAGUGGAGCCGCCAGAUCUGUGUUGUCCUCCGGCACUAUAGGUCUGGUGGCAUCGCAGUGGAUCUGCAGUGCGAAAAAUGACGGCUUGGCAGGAGCACGUUUCGGAGGACGCGUGUUCCAGCCGCCGUUUCCCGAGUCGGCUGGGGGGUUGCGAGCGGUGAGCUGAGGAUACAGAUAAAUAUACUAUCAUACUAAAAUUAGGGAGAAAACUGGGGUAAAGAAUUGGCGACGACUAAAUUUAUAAAAAAAAAAAAAGAAAAAAAAAGAAAAUGUCUUCUUGUACAUUGAGACCUAGAAGUGUAUAGAACAGGUAUUACAUGUGCCAAUGUUUGGGGACAUGGUCUAAAAUAUGUAUUUAUAUAAAGUCGUGUUGCUUUUUAGUUUAUUUCAAAUGUGUAUUUAUAUACCACGCAUAGUAUAGCCAUAUUGACAGAAAACACACAAAUACAAGAUCACUUU